GUGAAGUUAGAAAGUGUGUGUGAGCUGAUGUGGAUGUGAAUUCAGCAGCAUGGAUCAGUGUGAGGACAGAGAGGAGGGAGUCCCUCCCUCUAAAACCACUCUGUGUGGGAAACAUGAGAGCCAGAGCAAAGGUCAGAGGAUCCAUCAGAGACUCAAACCAGAACCAGAACCCAGCUGUGUGUCCUUUAAGAGCGACUGGUCAAUGGGUCAUCCUACUAACUUCAGAUCUCCUGGAUCUCCAUCCUCAGAGAGAAAUCAGCAUGGAAAUGAAUCUGAACUCCAGUCUGUGUUCAGAAAGAGAAAAAUGUCGAAGCCUUGGAACGAUCUUCAAGAAAGACGUUCAGCUGAGAUAAAGAUCCAUCAGAGACCAGAACCAGAACCCAGCUGUGUGUCCUUUAAGAGCGACAGGUCAAUGGGUCAUCCUAUUACCUUCAGAUCUCCUGGAUCUCCAUCCUCAGAGAGAUUGGACCAGCAGAACUCAGAGGUUUCCAGUGGUCCUUCUGCCCAGCAGCAUCAAACCCAGCUGGACUCCAUAUUCAUGCUGCUGGAGGACAACAUGGUCACUUUUGUGAAGAACGAGCUGAAGAAGAUCCAGAAGGUUCUGAGUCCAGAUGACCCAGAAUGCUCAGAGAGUCCGAGAGAUGAUGAGGUGUUGGAAGGUGAGGAUGAAGAGCAGAGAAGAAGCAGCAGCGAGGCACUGAUGAAGAUCACCGUGAUCUUCUUGAGGAGGAUGAAGCAGGAGGAGCUGGCUGACCAUCUGCAGAGCAAAUUCUUCUGUCAACAAGAACUUAAAUCUGGUCUGAAGAAGAAGUUCCAGUGUGUGUUUGAGGGGAUCGCUAAAGCAGGAAGUCCAAUCCCUUUGAACCAGAUCUACACAGAGCUCUACAUCACAGAGGGAGGGACUGGAGAGGUCAAUGAUGAACAUGAGGUCAGACAGAUUGAAACAGCAUCCAGGAAACCACACAGACCAGAAACAACCAUCAGACAAGAAGACAUCUUUAAAGUCCCACCUGGAAGAGAUCAACCAAUCAGAACAGUGAUGACAAAGGGAGUGGCUGGCAUUGGGAAAACAGUCUUAACCCAGAAGUUCACUCUGGACUGGGCUGAAGACAAAGCCCACCAGAACAUCCAGUUCAUAUUUCCAUUCACCUUCAGAGAGCUGAAUGUGCUGAAAGAUAAAAAGUUCAGCUUGGUGGACCUUGUUCAUCACUUCUUUAAAGAAACCAAAGAAAUCUGCAGCUUUGAACACUUCCAGGUUCUGUUCAUCUUUGAUGGUCUGGAUGAGAGUCGACUUCCUCUGGACUUCCACAACAAGGAGAUCCUGACUGAUGUCACAGAGUCCACCUCAGUGGAUGUUCUGCUGACAAACCUCAUCAGGGGGAAACUGCUUCCCUCUGCUCUCCUCUGGAUAACCACACGACCUGCAGCAGCCAAUCAGAUUCCUCCUGAGUGUGUUGGCAUGGUGACAGAGGUCAGAGGGUUCACUGACCUACAGAAGGAGCAGUACUUCAGGAAGAGAUUCAGAGAUGAGAAGCAGGCCAGGCAGACCAUCUCCCACAUGAAGAAAUCAAGAAGCCUCCACAUCAUGUGCCACAUCCCAGUCUUCUGCUGGAUCACAGCUACGGUUCUGGAGGAUGUGUUGAAGACCAGAGAGGGAGGAGAGCUGCCCAACACCCUGACAGAGAUGUACAUCCACUUCCUGGUGGUUCAGACCAAAGUCAAGAAGGUCAAGUAUGAUGGAGGAUCUGAAACAGAUCCACACUGGAGUCCAGAGAGCAGGAAGAUGAUUGAGUCUCUGGGAAAACUGGCUUUUGAUCAGCUGCAGAAAGGAAACCUGAUCUUCUAUGAAUCAGACCUGACAGAGUGUGGCAUCGAUAUCAGAGCAGCCUCAGUUUACUCAGGAGUGUUCACACAGAUCUUUAGAGAGGAGAGAGGGCUGUACCAGGACAAGGUGUUCUGCUUCAUCCAUCUGAGUGUUCAGGAGUUUCUGGCUGCUCUUCAUGUCCAUCUGACCUUCAUCAACUCUGGUGUCAUCCUGCUGGAAGAAAUGCAAACAACAUCUAAGGAGCCUAAACUAAAGUCUCUUCAUCAGAGAGCUGUUGACCAGGCCCUACAGAGUCCAAAUGGACACCUGGACUUGUUUCUCCGCUUCCUCCUGGGACUUUCACUGCAGUCCAAUCAGAGACUCCUACAAGGUCUGCUGACACAGACAGGAAGUAACUCUCAGACCAAUCAGGAAACAGUUCAGUACAUCAAGCAGAAGAUCAGUGAGAAUGUGUCUGCUGAGAAAAGCAUCAAUCUUUUCCACUGUCUGAAUGAACUGAAGGAUCGUUCUCUAGUGGAGGAGAUCCAACAGUCUCUGAGUUCAGGACGUCUCUCCACAGAUGAACUGUCUCCUGCUCAGUGGUCAGCUCUAAUCUUCAUCUUAGUGUCAUCAGGAGAAGAUCUGGAUGUGUUUGACCUGAAGAAAUACUCUGCUUCAGAGGAGGUUCUUCUGAGGCUGCUGCCAGUAGUUAAAGCCUCCAACAAAGCUCUACUGAGUGGCUGUAACCUCUCAGAGAGAAGCUGUGGAGCUCUGUCCUCAGUUCUCAGCUCCCAGUCCUCCAGUCUCAGAGAACUGGACCUGAGUAACAACAACCUGCAGGAUUCAGGAGUGAAGCUUCUAUCUGCUGGACUGGAGAGUCCAAACUGUAAACUAGAAACUCUCAGCUUGUCAGGCUGUCUGAUCUCAGAGGAAGGUUGUGCUUCUCUGGCCUCAGCUCUGAGUUCCAACCCAUCCCAUCUGAAAGAGUUGGACCUGAGCUACAAUCAUCCAGGAGUGAAGCUGCUGUCGGCUGGACUGAAGGAUCCACACUGGAGACUGGAAGCUCUCAGGGUGGAGCCUGCUGGAGUCCGAUGGUUGACACCAGGUCUGAGGAAGUAUUCCUGUCAGCUCACAAUCGACACAAACACAGUGAACAGAAAACUCCAACUGUCUGAAGACAACAGGAAGGUGACAUGUGUGGAGGAACUUCAGUCAUAUCCUGAUCAUCCAGACAGAUUUGAUGACUGGCCUCAGCUGCUGUGUAGAACUGGUCUGACUGGUCGCUGUUACUGGGAGGUCGAGUGGAAUGGAUUAGUUAAUAUAUCAGUGAGUUACAGAAGAAUCAAGAGGAGAGGAGACAAGGAGGACUAUUGGUUUGGAUUGAAUGAUCAGUCCUGGAAUCUGAGAUGUUUUGAUGAUUAUGGUUACUAUAUCUGUCACAAUAAAAAAGAAACGUAUAUCUCCUCCUGCUCCUCCUCCAUCUCCAACAAAGUAGCAGUGUAUGUGGACUGUCCUGCUGGCAUCCUGUCCUUCUACAGAGUCUCCUCUGACUCACUGAUCCACCUCCACACCUUCAACACCACAUUCACUGAACCUCUGUAUCCUGGAUUUGGGUUCUGCUCGUUCAAUCCAGGUUCUUCAGUGUUUCUGUGCUGAGUUGGGUCUAGAGAGUCUCCUCCUGUCAGAGAAACACUCUCACUGUUGAACAGAAAGUUCAGUCUCUACAUGUUUGUCUCUUUCACUCAGAAACACGUUUUCAGAUUCAUGGAUUCAAUCAGUUUCUUUGUGAAACUCUUCUAAAUGAUUCCUUGGAAACUUCUUCCUCUUCCAGUCCUUUAAAGAUGGAAGCUGGGAUUAUUAUUCCAGGAUCCACAUGUUGUUGUUCUGUCUGUUUCCAGUCAAAGCUUCACACUGAAUAUCAGGAUGUUGUGUUUCUCUCUUGGUUUUUAACUUUCAUUCAUGACUCAGAUUUCAUUGAAAUGUUGUGCCUUUUUUCCUCCAUCACUGGAACUUUCUCAGUUAUGAUUAAUGAUUUGACAAUUUACAGCGUGAACAAAAGACUGAGCAUAUUCUAAUUAGUAGUAAUGCCACCACAGAUGUUAGUGUUCUGAAUUUUAAUUUCAGUAAUACUGUUAAAACUCUGGGUGUGAUUUUUGAUAAGGAUUUUAAUUAAGCACAUUAAUUCAGUAGUCAAGUCGAGCUUUUAUCAUUACGCCUUUUGGCUAAAGUUAAGUGUUUUUUAAACCACUCAGACCUUCAGAAGGCUAUACACGAUUUUAUCAUUUCUAAAAUUGACUACUGUAAUGCUCUUUAUGUUGGUGUCAGUCAGUUACUACUUCACUGUCUGCAACUACUCCAAAAUGCAGCUGCCCGGCCUCUUAUGGGUACAACGUUACGAGAGCGCAUCACUCCUGUUUUAUUUUCUUUGCACUUGCUUCCUGUCCGUUUUAGAAUAGAUUUUAAACUUCUACUGUUUGUUUUUAAGGCUUUAAAUGGUUUGGACCCAUCUUAUUUAAUUUGCUGUGUCUUUGUGUGCAUAGUGGGUCCCUGAGGUCUUCAUCCCAGUUUGUAUUAAAUGUAUCAAGGACUAAGUAUGUGCACUGGGGUGACAGGGCGUUCUCAGUAGCUGCUCUUAGACUGGAACCAGCUCCCUCCAGACCCACGCUCUAUAUUUGACCUGGGCCAUUUAAAACCAAAACUUAAAACAUUAUUGUUUAGAAAGGCUUUUAUCAUCCAGAAGUUUGGUAGCACAUUAUUCCAGUUAUCCUAUUGUUUUAUUGAUGGAUGUUUGCUCUUUUACCUUUUAUGAAAUGUUUUUCCUUUUUAUGUAUGCUUUGUAAAGCACUUAGUUGGAGGUUUUGAAAGGGCUAUACAAAUAAAUAAAUAAAAAUAGUAAUAUCUGGAUUGGAAACUAA